AUGGCUUCCCUCCAAUCCCUCGUAGACACCUCGAAGGUCUCUCUGUACCUCUCGUUGGCUGCCAUCGCGUUCAAUCCCACCGCAUGGAACAUCGUCGCGCGUGAUGAGUAUAGGAACAAGACCCUCACGCGUCUUUUUGGAGGGAACGCGCGGAGGGCGUGCUAUUUCCUCGCGCUCUCCAUCUUUGUCGCCGGGAUGGUCCGUGACCACCUCUUUCAGCGCGCGCUCUUCGAACAGCCAACCGUCCCUCUCCUCCCCGCGCCCCUCUCGACCGUGCUGCCCGCCGCGCUUUUUGCGGUGGGUCAGACGCUCGUGCUGACUUCGACCUGGGCGCUCGGCAUCACGGGCACGUUCCUCGGGGACUAUUUUGGGAUCCUAAUGGAUCACCGCGUUGAAGGCUUCCCGUUUAACGUCCUCCGCGACCCGAUGUAUGUCGGCAGCACGAUGUGUUUUGCCGCAACAUCGUUGUGGUACGAAAGCCCUGCGGGCCUACUCAUUACGCUAUACGUAUACAUUGUGUACAUCAUCGCGCUCCGCUUUGAAGGGCCGUUCACCGACAUGAUCUACUCCAAGCGCGCGGCCUCCGCCUCUGACGGUUCCAAGAAAGAUAUUUGA